UCUGGGAAAUGAAAUUGAAAACAACAAGCACGGAGCAGAAAGAAUGGCGACUGCAAAAAUGACUGAGGAUCAUUUUUUGUGUCCUGUUUGUUUGGACUUCUUUAAAGAACCUGUAAUGCUGGAAUGUGGACAUAACUUCUGCAAAUCCUGUAUAGAUAAAACCUGGGACUCUCAGGAAAUUAUCUUGUGUCCCGAGUGCAGAGAGGAAUUCCCUACCAAGAAGUACACCAUUAACAGGCUGUUGAGAAAUCUUGUUGAAACACCUGAAAGGGCCCAGCAAUGUGAGAAAGCAGGAAAACCACACCAAGAGCAGAAAACAGGAUGUGUACUUCAAUCACACGAAUGCUUGGAGCAUAAAGAGCUACUGAAAGUGUUUUGUCAAGAAGAUGGGCGCCCCAUAUGUGUAGUUUGUACUAUGUCAUCUAAGCAUGCAGGGCACAAAUUCCAACCCCUGCAGGAAGCAGUCAGCAUGUUUCAGGAAAAGCUGAAAACUGCUGAAGCUGCUCUAAAGCUCAGAAUGAACGACCUAAAUAAAUACCAAAGCCAGCAACAACAGCUCAUCUCUGAUGUCCAGGACAAAGCCCAGAGUUUUGAGCAGCACAUUAAAUCAGAGUUUUCCGCUCUGCAUCAGUUUCUGCAGGACAAGGAACAGCGGCUGAUCCUAAAACUUAAGAAUGAAACAAGAAUAAUUAUUUUUAAAAUGAAGGAAAACUUGAAGAAAAUUGAAAAGAAGAGUGAAACCAUUCAGAGGCAGAUAUCAGCCAUUCAGUCAAAACUGCAGCAGCUGGAUCCUCUUCAUUUUCUCACAGUAAGAAAUGUUUACAGCCUUUUCAUUGUGUGCUAGUCAUAAGGAAAUUAUUGUAGAUCAUGUUUCUUGUCCACUUU